GAGGACAGAUCAAAGGAGAUGGCAACAUCAACAUGCAUCAUCACCAACCAUUGCUGCACAUCUACCUUCACAGAGUCACAGUGCCAUACAUAGUACAUGUACAAAACAAAACAAGCAUUUUGUCACAUAGUUGCAUCAUCAACUCCAUCAUUAAUUAAUAACUUCCCAAAGUCCCAACUCUCCUUGAAGCCCCAGCAUUUUUAUCAGUUGCAGCUCUGAACUCCCAGCUCCAAGAAGAUGCAUGCUGCUACUGCACUGCAUCAGUAGGAGGCAGUUUUUUUUUUUGUGUUGUGUGUGUGUGCAUUGCAUUGCUGGUGUUGGUGACAGAGUGCAGCAGAGAUGGGAGAAGCUGCAGAAGCAGAAGCGGUAGAUGGAAGCUGCCAUUGUGAAGCUGAAGCUCUCAAGGUGCUCAGGUCCAUGGCGUCCUCCUCGCUGACCUGCACCACUAUCCCACAGUUCCCGGCGAAAUGGCAGUGUAUCAAGGACAAGCUGCAGGCGCUCUGCUCCGGCCUGAAUUCUCUGUGCAGCAGCGUCGGCUUCGGCGUCGACUGCUCCGACGAUGGCGACGACGAUGAGGGGCAGCACCCUGCGCUGGCUCAGCUUCUGGGGUCGGCUUCGGCGACGGUGAGGAGCAUCCAGGCUAUGGCGUCGCAGUGCAGCGAUGGCACGUACAAGGGUGGGAGGCUUCGGCUGAGGAGCGACCUGGACAACCUGAGCUCCAAGCUUGACGCCCACAUGAAGCAGCUCAAGGAGAUGGCGUCCUCCGGGAUGCAGUCGCCGUCGCACGCCAUCGUCGCGAUGAGGCCCAGCGUCGAUGCCGGCGCCGGCGAGAAGAUGUUCUACUUGAGGGAUCUCUUCUCCAGGGUCAGGAUUGGCGGCUCUGUCCAGAGAAGCCAGGCGCUGGCCACCAUUAGAGAGCUCCUGUCGGAGGACGAGGUCUGCGUCAAGAUCGCCGCGGUCGACAUCGACGACGGCGUCGCCUUGCUCACCGGCUUCCUCGAGUCUAGAGACGCGCGCCUCCAGGAGGAGGCCGCCGGCGCCGUGGCCAUGGUCGCCAGCUUCGACUCCUUCAGAGGGAUGCUGGUCAAGGCAGGCGUCAUCGCGCCGCUCGUCCAGCUGCUGGAUGACGCCGCCGCCGCCGCCACCGCGGUCGCCAAGGAGAGGGCGGCGCAGGCGCUGCGCGAGCUGACGGAGAACUCCGACAACGUGUGGGCCGUGUGCGCGCACGGCGGUCUCACCACCCUCCUCCACGCCUGCGCCGACGCCGGCAGCGGCGGCAAGCUGGUCGCCUCGUCGUUCGCCGUGCUGCGCAACCUGAGCCGGGUGGAGGAGGUGAAGACGUUCAUGGUGGAGCAGGGCGUGGUCACCGAGCUGGUGAAGCUGUCCCAGAAGAAGGAGGAGUCCCGCAAGCUCGGCGCCGUCGAGCUGCUCCACGCCAUGGCGCUCGACGACGCCGACGUCCGGGAAGAAGCCGUCACCAUGGGCGUGAUCCAGUCACUCCUCCAGCUCAUAUACCCCGACCUGCCAUACUCCUACAAGGCCAGGGAAGUCGCCCUCGCAGCCAUCUGGUUCUUCUGCUUCUCCUCCGCCAACUCCAUUGAUGAUCUCGUCAGCUCAGAUGUUCUUGGCUGGCUCCUCUUCUACCUCAACAAUGGCGACUACGCCCUCCUCGAGUGCACACUCAAAAUCCUGAGGCAUUUGUCCGAGGUUUCCGAGGAGUACAGCAGGAUGAUGGCCAGAGCAGGCUACCUCGGUGCACUGUCGAGCUUGCUUGGAGCGAAAUCAUGCCGAGUUCGUGAGAUGGCAGCUCAGGUGCUCUCCAGCUUGCUGUUGCUUCACCCGAAUCGCGUGAUUUUCAUCCAAGACGGCGACAGUUUGGACAGGUUGCUGCAGCUGCUUGAUCCAGCUGAGGGCAAGCUGGUGGCGAAGGACUUGAUCCUCUCUGCGAUCUUGUCCUUGGCAGAGACCAACACUGGAAGGAAGAAGAUCAUAUCAUCAGAGCAUUUCAGCAGCCUGAAAGAACUGGCAGAUACUGGGGACUUUGAUGCGAAAAAGGUUGUCAAGAAGCUAGCCACUAACAGAUUCCAAACAAUUUUCAGCAAGAUAUGGAGUGCCUAAGUUAUUUUUCUGACACUUUUAUUUUUUUUCUUAUGUUCCGUUACUAAAUACACCCUUGAUUUAGCAUUAGUUUAUUUGAUUGAUGCUUAUAUUUCUUGCUUGUGUUGUAAUAUAUAUAUUCAUAAUUAUGAUUUCUUUAUGUUGUACAUUUCCACUUCAGUGAAAUUCAGGUUUCAACACCAUGCCUUGUGACCUCUGU